AUGUCUGACACAUCGUUGUUCGUGCUCCAUCAGUCUGAUCAUGUGGCUAUGCUCCUGCUGUACAUCGAUGAUAUUGUCAUCACUGCCUCCCGGGAGGAUCUUCUUCGCGACAUCAUUGGUCGUCUGGGCUCUGAGUUUCGGUUGAAGGACCUAGGCGCGUUGCACUUCUUCCUCGGCAUCAAUGUGCGACGCGAUGCCUCUGGGUUCUUCCUUCAUCAGGGGCAGUAUGCUCUCGACCUCCUGGACCGUGCUGGCAUGACCGACUGCAAGCCGGCCGCCACGCCUGCUAAGGCCAAACCAAAGCUCUCUGCCACAGCUGGACAGCCCGCCACUGACGCCGCCCUCUACCGUAGCAUUGUUGGUGCUCUUCAGUACCUUAUGCUCACCGGACCAGACAUUUAG